UAUUAAAUUUGAAAACGCUUCCUUCUUUCCUGCUGUCUGUCUCUCUUUCAGCUGAUAGUCUCUCUUCCAUCUUUCUCUUUUAUUUCAUUUUCUGGGGAUUUUUUUUUUGUUUUUCCCUCCGCAAUCUUUCUAUUUAUAUAAGUUAAUAUUCCUAUAACUGUAUAUAUUUUACUUUCUGAUACAAUGAACUGUUUGUACACCCCAGAAAUCACACCUACAUCUCCGCGUAAAGUGAAGGGUCAGAUUCAGAUCAUCUUCGGACCGAUGUUCUCGGGGAAAAGCACGGAACUAAUGCGCCGGGUGAGAAGGUUUCAGAUUGCUCAAUACCAAUGUCUUGUGGUAAAGUAUGCAAAGGAUAUUCGAUAUAGUAAAGAGGAUCUGGCUACACAUGACAAGUUUACAAUGCAAGCAGUUCCUGCCACAAAGCUGAGCGAGAUUACUCAAGAAGCAUUGAAAUCUGCAGUUAUUGGAAUUGAUGAAGGACAGUUUUUUCCAGACUGUGUCGAAUUUGCUGAGGAAAUGGCUAACAAGGGAAAAACUGUGAUUGUGGCAGCAUUGGAUGGAACUUUCCAAAGGAAAGCUUUUGGCAACAUUCUGAAUCUUGUUCCCCUGGCGGAGAGUGUAGUGAAACUGAGCGCUGUGUGCAUGGAGUGCUACAGGGAAGCUGCUUAUACCAAGAGGCUGGGGAGUGAAAAAGAGGUUGAAGUGAUUGGUGGAACAGACAUGUACCGAGCAACCUGUCGGCGCUGCUAUUUUGCAAAUGACAAUCAGUCAUGUGUCAACAGUGACAAGGAGAACAGCAGGCAAGAGGAUGCACGCCAGUUCAUUGCUUCAAAGCAACUUGCUUGUAGGGAACAGGGCAAAUCACCAAGAAAACUCUUUGAAAAUCUGCAGGUCUGAAGUUAAUGCUCCAUUCCCUGACGUGCCCCACCCUUGCAAAUUUUCUCUCCUGCUUCUAAGGUGUUGACCAAUGUUGAGUGUAAUCUCCAGUGUUUUGUCCUCAUGCAAUUCUGGGCAACUCAUUAAGGUGGUCGGACACGUUACAGUCAAGGCUAGUCCAUUCUUUCUUCUACACUUGUACUUUCAGUUGGAGACAGAGGAG